AUGAGUCCAUUUCAAGAAAUUGUUGUCACUGAGACGAAUGGUAACCAUACUGAGCAAGCCAUCAAUCUUGAUGGAGGAAGAAGCCAUGAUGAAGCAGAGACUAAUCAAAGUAGUCCAGAUGCAACCUUGAAACCUGAGGAAGAGAUGGAGAUGGAGAUCGAGGCAGAGGCACAAGGAAAUAAAUCAUACAACAGAAAAUAA